AUUUAUUUAUUUAUUUAUCUAUUUAGACAGGGUUUUGCUCUGUUGCCCAGGCUGGAGUGCAGUGGCGUGGUUUCUGCUUACUGCAACCUCUACCUCCCAGGUUCAAGUGAUUCUCCUGUCUCAGUCUCCCCAGUAGCUGGUACUACAGGAACAUGCCACCACACCCAGCCAAUUUUUGUAUUUUUUGUAGAGAUAGGGUUUCAAAUUCUUGGGCUCAAGCGAUUCAUCCACCUCAGCCUCCCAAAGUGCUGGCAUUAUAGUCCCUUAAUAUUCCAUAUGAAUUUUAGGAGAGUGCUACUAACUUUUAAAAUUGAAUAUGCACAUAUCUUAUGACCCUACAAAUCUACUUACAGAGAAACUCUUGCAUAAGUGCAUCAAGAGUCAUAAACAUGAAUGCUCACAGCCACAUUUUUAUUUUUACUAUCAUAAAUAAACGGAGAAAUCACUGGGUCUGGCUUGUUUACAUUUAGAUUUAUCCCAUUGCCUUUCCCUUACUUAGUCUUUUCUGUAUCCCAAAAGGCUAUAUUUCUUAGGCCCCUUUGCUUUUUGGUUUCCAGGUAGGUUUGACCAAUGGGAAACAAUAGCCAAAUAUUGGAGUGUGAGAGAAGGGGAAACCCAGUGUAUUUUUCUUCUUAUCUUUCUGCUGUCUCCCUUGUGGACAUAGCUUCCUCUGAUCAGUCAUUGCUUAGAUAGUUCCAGGUCCUGCAAGGCAGAAUUUGCCAUGAUUCCAGCUCUCAUUAGAUAGUUUUAUCUUCUCAAUUCUGAUAGUGCCACUUGCUCCAUCCAGUUGUCUCUCCAGAUUUAGCAGUUUCAGUGGUUUCCUGCUGUUGGGUUAUUUUGUAUCCUUUUUGGCUUCUAAGUUCUUCCAUUAUAUACUUAAUUAAAUCCCUAUAUUAAAUUUCCUUUAUUUGAAAUACCUACAGUGGUUUCUGUUUCCUCCUAGAUUCUGCCUAAUACAAACUCAGACAUUUGUUAAUAGGCUGCUGAAAAACGAAAUGCCCCAAUUUAAUAAUAUUUAGCAGAAAAAAUGAAUGAAUUAUAGCUACAUGCAACAAAAUAAAUAUGUUUUGGAAACACGGAGUAAAAGGGAAAAAGCAAGUGCUUGAAGACUGCAUCCAGCUCAAUAUCAUAUGUUAAACUCAAAUAACAAAACAAAAACCAAGGAAGACUGAGCAUUAUGUUAUUAAAAGAUGUAUUUGUGAUUAAAUUAUUUUUAAAUCAAAACGAUUAAACUACAAAAUUCAAGACAAUGAUUACCUCUAAUAAAAAAUUGGGGAUAUGAAAGAAGCACCUAGAUUUAUUCAUUGAUAUCAGAAAGGUUCUAAUUCCUACAUUGUGUGGUAGGUUCAGGAAUAUUCUUCUUGUUGUUAUGCUUCAUAAUUCGCAAGGGUGUUAUGUGUUGUGGUAGGUAGAAGAGUGCUCCCCCCAAAAAAUGUUUAUAUCCUAGGUUUCAAAACUUGUGAAUAUAUCACCUUACAUGGCAAAUGGUACUAUUACAGAUGUGAUUAUGGUUUGUAACUUUGAGAUAUGGAGAUUAUCUUGAAUUAACCUAGUGGGCUCAAUCAAAUCAUAAGGCCUUUAGAAUAGAGACCCUCCCCUGGCUGUAGUAAGUAAAAGAGAGAGACAGAGAAAGAGAGAGAAAUAAUGGAAGAAGAGUAAGAGAGGGAUUUCGACAUUGUUGGCUUUGAAGACGGGGGAAGGGUGCCAAAGAAAGUGGGUAGGUUGUCUACAGAACAUGCAAAAAGGAAGGAGAUGGAUUCUCCUUAGAGCCUCCAGAAGGAAUACAACCCUAAUUGACUAUAGCCCUGUGAGACUCACACCAGACUUCUAACUUAAAGAAAUGUAACACCAUAUGAUUUUUUGUUGUUGUUGUUGUUUGUUUGUUUUUGAGACAGAGUUUUGCUCUUUUUGCCCAGGCUGGAGUGCAAUGGUGCGAUCUCAGCUCACUGCAACUUCCACUUCCCAGGUUCAAGCGAUUCUCCUGCCUUAGCCUCCUGAGUAGCUGGGAUUACAGGCAUGCGCCACCAUGCCCAGCUAAUUUUGUAUUUUUUAGUAGAGACGGUGUUUCUCUAUGUUGGUCAGGCUGGUCUCAAACUCCCGACCUCGGGUGAUCCGCCCGCCUCGGCUUCCCAAAGUCCUGGGAUUACAGGCGUAAGCCACCGUGCCUGGCCAAGUUUGUAUUAUUUAAACCACUAAAUUUGUGACAAUUUAUUAUAGCAGCAAUCGAAAGCCAAUACAUAUAUAUUAUUUGCAUAUUAUGUUCUGCUCCAAACAUUAUCCCAUAACUUAAAAAAAUUAACAUAUGUUGUUUUAAAUGACACACAUCAAAACAAAGUGAAACAAAAUUUAAAUGUAAAAAGAUACAGGUAUACAUGUGUAUAUGUAUAUGUGUGUGUGUAUAUAUAUAUAAAUAUAUACAUGUGACACUUUUCAUAUUAAAACUAAACAAGGAUAGGAGUAGUAAUGUCUAACAAUUACCAUGGAAAACAAGAAGGCUUAACAAAAUAAAGAAGGCCAUUAUAUAAUGAUAAUAGAUAAACUAUAUGGAAUCUCUAAUAAUCAUUAUCCCAUAUUCACUGAUGAAAUAAUGCUAUAAUAUGUAGUAAAAAAUAAAGAAAAAUUGGGUUCUUUACAUAUUCUUAGUCUUUAAAAAGUUGAACAGAGGAAUUAGAAAAAAGACAAUCAUUGUAACAUUGAUUAUAUAUUGACAUGUAUAUAGAUAUAUACAGUAUAUAUAGUUAACAUUAUAUUCUAAACCAGGUGCACUUUUUAUACAGUUAAUGGUAUUAUAAGACCACAAAUAAACUAUCAAUAAGUUAUUAAAAUAUGAAAUUGGUAGUCACAUUAAUUAUCAUGAAAUAAAACUUGGUAAUCAAUUUUUCAAUAGAAUCCACCAUUCAUUUGAAAAUUAAAAAUUAUUUUCUCCUUAUUACACAGAUUCAAAUCAAAAAUCAAUUUUAUAGUUACAGAAGAUUGUAUAAAUGACUAAAAUGCAGACACUUGGAUGAGUUCUCUGUACCUUAGCGAUGUAGCAUGCAAACUUUUCCAGGAGAACCUUAGAUUUAGAAAAGCACUGCAGUUAGAAGUGUGGGCACUGGUUUCACACUACCUGAGACUUGAACUCCACUUUCAUCACUUGAUAGCUGUAGGUCUUGGCAAGUUAUCUAGCCUGUUUUACCUGUUUCCUCAUAGCUUCAUUGUGGUGAGGGUUAAAAGAAUAACUUCUGAAAAGUGUUCAGUACAGCCUUGGCACAUAGCAAAUUCUGGGAAACAUAUGCUGUUAUUAUUAUAUUAAAUCUUCCCCCAUUUGACUAAAAAACUGAGAUAUUUUAUUGGGUAUUGGAUUAAUAGAUUAUUUUAGUGAAAGUUGACAUAUUUACAAUAUUAAGCAUCUUGGUCUUUCUAUUAAUUCAAGUCUUUGCAUACAUUACUCAUCACAGUCUUAAUGUUUCCUUCAUAGGUUUUCCAAAUUUUUAUUGGAAUGUCCCUACAGGCUCAUUGUUAGGAAUGCUAUUAGCUGUUGAUCUGAAAUAUUUUUAUAUCUAGUUUAUUAAAUGUUAUUAGGAAAGGUUAUUGAAUUUUAUCAAAUACUCUUUCUCUUAUUUUCCAUAUUUAUGUGAUAUAUUAACUGACACACUUCCAAUAUUAUCCUAAUUAACCCAUCUUUGUAUUAUCGUUUAGUUGUGGUAAAGUUUUUCCUUUUAUAAUGCCAUCAAAUUAUAUCAACAAUGUUUUCUUUCAUAUCCUAAUAAUUACAUUUAUCAGUUAUAUUGUUCAAUAGUUUUCUUUUUUUGUAUUCUUUUAAAUCGGGUUGGAAUAUAAUAAAAAUACCUGGGAAAUUCCUUCUCUAUGAUUUGGAAAGAUUUUUAGUAUGAAUUAUCAUAUUUUGAGGGCAUAAAAAACUUCUGCUUUAGGAAGCUUUAUAGUUGUAUUUGAUUAGUAGCUUCUUUUCCAUUUCUGUCUGUUUUGGUUUUCUACUUCAUGAAUCAAUUUUAAUAAUUUAUAUAAAUAUCAGGUUUUUAAAACACAUAUGCUGUAAAGUUGUUUAUAUUUUUAUUGAGAAUUCCCUUACAGAAAAUAUGAUUUGGAAGAGCUCAUGGAAAAUUUUCUUUGACAGACAAGCACAAUACUUUUUUUUUACUUUAAGUUCUGGGAUACAUGUGCAGAACAUGCAGGUUUGUUAUAUAGGUAUACAUACACCAUGGUAGUUUGCUGCACCUAUCAACCCAUCAUCUAGAUUUUAAGUCCUGCAUGCAUUAGGUAUUUAUCCUAAUGCUCUCCCUUCCCUUGUCUCCACCCCCUGACAGGCCCCAGUGUGUGAUGUUCCCUCCCUGUAUCCAUGUGUUCUGAUCGUUCAACUCGUGCAUGAGAACAUGCAGUGUUUGGUUUUCUGUUCCUGAAGUACAAACUUCUUUAAGAGCAGCUAGUGACAAGCAGGAUACAUCAAUCUCUUAGUUAAAUUUAAAACAAAAACAAAAAGAAAACACUCUGGGACAGAAAAUAUAAUGAUCUUAAAAUAUCCUAGGGAACUUGCCUCUUCUAGCUGAUGCUGCCAAGCUAAGCUUCUUCAGCUCAUUAGCUUCUGCUUCAUCUCAGGCAGUAGCUACCCAUGUUGUUUAUUGCUUUGGCUCCACUCCUGGUUUUCUGGAUCCUUGUUUAUUCCUUGGCUGUGAUUUUCCCUUGACAUCUCAGUUUCUUAGUAAGCUUAUCUUAUGAAUGGGCUUCUUUGCUAUUCUCUGGAGUAAGCUAUGCAUCUGUCUGUCAUUAUGCAGUACCAACUCUGGUUGCCUCACAGCAACCUACUCCAACUUUGGUGGCUUUUGAUGCCAGUGCUAACUGUUCACAUUCUGAUAAUCAUUUUGAAACAUUUUGUUACAACAAUGAAUGCUAUAUAGUGAAAAGAUAACUGAUGAUAUAAAUGGAGCCUAUUAAAUAAGAUGCCCCAAGCAAUGUCAUGGACACUACAAAUAAUUACAUGGACGCAUAUAUCUCUGUGGCAUAAAAAUGUAUUGUACUCUUUAAAGCAACUUCCAAAAUUUUCAUUGGAACACUUAAAAUAAUCAUGGGAGAAAGUUUUUAUUCCACAUUAGCAACUAGCUUUCUUUCUCUGUAAUUUUUAAUCAUCCCUGAUUUAACUCAAAGGAAUUCAAUAUUUGUUGAGUAGGUAUUAGAAGCACAUUGAGGAUUAAAACAGGGAAAAUAUAUCAGCUUUACCUUUUUCAGUUCAGGAGGAAAUAUUAAUAAAUUAAUUAAUAACUACAAAUAGAGCAAUAAAUAAAAGUUGGAUAAAGUCCACCUUUAAAGAUUCUCUCCUGGUAUUGAUUCUAAUAUAUACCUACCCUGGCUAAAUAGACAUUUUAAAAAAUAGACUUUAUUUUAUAGAACAGUUUUAAAUUUACAGAAAAAUUCAGAAAAUAGUACUGAGUUUCCCAUAUGUCACACAUCUAGUUUUUCCGAUUAUUAACAUCUUACCUUAUAUGAUAAAAUGAAUCUAUAUUGAUACAUUACUAUUAACAAAAGUUUAUACUUUAUUUAGAUCUUCUUCGUUUUUCUGUAAUGCCGUUUCUCUGUUCCAGGAUCCAAUCCAAGAUAUCACAUUAUAUUUAGUUGUCAUGUUUUUCUAGGUUCUUCUUACUUGUAACAGUUUCUUAGACUUUCCUUGUUUUUGAUUAUCUUUACAGUUUUGAGACAUACUCUUCGGGUAUAUUGUAGGAUGUCCUUCUGUUGGGAUUUAAUUGUUUUUCUCACGAUCAGACUGGGGUUACAGGUUUUGCAGGAAGAUUGCAGAGGUAAAGUACAAUUCUUGCCACAUUAUAUCAAGUAUCCAUCCUAUCAGUAUGAUAUAUUGGUGUUGAUGUUAAUCCUGAUCACUGUCUGAGGUAGUGUUUGUCAGGUUUCUCCAUAGGUAAGUUACUCUCUUUUCCCAUUUUCUAAACUGAACUCUGAAAGGAAGUCACUAUCAUCAGUUCCCAUUUAAGAAGUGAAGAAUUCUACUCCUCCUUCAGAGUGGAGUAUCUACAUAAAUUUUAGGAAUUCUGCAUCAUGUUUCUUCUCUCCCACAUUUAUUUAUUUAUUCAAUCACAUAUUUAUUUAUAUGAUUAUGGGCUCAUGGAUAUUAAUUUUAUACUUUGGGUUAUAAUCCAAUACUACUUUAUUUUACUACUCAAAUUGUUCCAUCUUUGGGCAUGAGGAACCCUUUCAGUUGGCUCCUGUCCCUGACAUAUCCCCAUCAAUGUGGGAUUUAUUUGAGUUCCUUACUUUCCAGAAUUACACGAUGCUCUAGGAUCAUCUAAUAUAUUUCCUGAGCCUAGAAUCAGCAAUUUUUCCAAGGAGUCCUGGUUCCUGUUAUUGUAGAAUGACAUUAGAAACCAAUAUCUGGGCUGAAGGUGUGCUUAUUGCUUUCGGGUGUUGUUUUAGGCAUUCUCAGCUGGCAAAGCAAAUAAAUAUAUGUAUGUAAACUAACUCCUGAAUAUUCAUACAUCUAUAAAUAUUUGUAUAUGUAACCAUCUGUAUUUGUAUUAAGCUAAAACUGAUGUUCCCAACUCUAAUCCAUUAUCAUAUGGAUUAUUCUAGCCUCCUCCCAUUGCUUAUCUGUAAAUUGCCACUCUAAAAAUGAGGAACCUGGCUCCUAUCAUCCACUUCCAUUUAAAUAACUGUUUAAUUCUGGUAUACAUGUAUAGUCAUAUCAGAAUUGGUAAUGUAAAUCAACAACUUUAUUAACUAGAGCACAGUGCCUAUGUGCAGUUUCUUCUAUUGUUAGAUUUUUAAUCUUGCAAUUCCAAAGUUAUUUAGGUCAGCACCUUUUCCGCAGUCUUUCCCGUGAGAUUGUUUCAUGUAAGUGUAAUACAGUUAGAUUAUCUUGUCACAACCUUCAUUCCUUCCUGGAAACCACCAACCUGCUAAAUAAUGUAUUUUUUCCAUUCCUCACAGCACAUUUAUUUCAGUAAUUCUGUUAUGUCGGUUCUUAGCAUGAGCACAGUGUUACAUGAUUUUCAUGCAUAUAAUCACAUCCAAAACAAGUUCUAAACUUUACACUGUAAACAUUCUCAUCAUGUGUAGAAAUAUUUUAAUUGGUGUAUUAAGUUUUGCUAACUGAUCAAAUUUGGAAGAUAUAAAAUAAUGUCUAUUCUAAAUUGUGUAGUGAGAAUUGUUUGUUAAUUACAUUUCUACAAUGUUAAAUAAAGUAAGAGGCAAAUCUGUCCUGAAAGCAUGUCAAACUUUAGAUAAAACAUUAAAAAAGAAACAAAUCUGUUAACAAAUGAAUGUCUGCAAUAAAGAACAUUAGAUUUUUAAAAUCUAUUAUCAUACAAAAAUAUAAAGGGUAAAUAGAAUCUUUGUUGAUAAAAUAUGAGGUAGCAUGGAUUCACCCCUUUAUUGUCUGAGAAAUGCAACAGGAGUAAAGAAUAUUUCCUUACCACAAAUAAUUUUCAGGAUGAUGUACAUAUUUCUUUUUGAAAUACUUGUUUAAACAAAUGUCCCUCCACUUUUUAGUACUGAAAAAGCCAUUCCAUGUGAUUUUUUUUAAAAAAACACUUUUACACAUCUAGAUAAAAUGUGUAAAAUGUUUGUAUGUAUUUAGAACAUACAAACAAAAUUUAAUGUCUUAUUUUUCUAUGCAAGUCUUGUGGAGAAUAAACAGAGUCUUGAUUCUGGUAACACUGCAGAAAACAUAAUUUUCCAAUGUGAAUAAUAUUUUUUAAUAUGGUAUACUUUGUUUCCCUCUUCGUGUUGUAAAGUUCUGUAGGUUUUGACAAAUGCAUAGUGUCACGUGUCUAACAUUACAGUAUCAUACAAAAUAGUUUCACUGUCCUAAAAACCCUCUGUGCUACACACUAUUCAAACCUCCACCCUAUCUUCUUAACCUUUGGCAACCACUGAUCUUUUAACUGACUCCAUAAUUUUGCCUUUUAUAGAAUGCCAUAUAAUAAAAAUCAUGCAGUAUGUAGCCUUUUCAGACUACCUUCCUUCACUUAUUAGUAUGUAUUUAAGGUUCAUCUAUGUCUUUUUAUGGCUUGGUAGCUUGCUCCUUUUCAUUGAUGAAUAAUAUUCCAUUGUAUGGAUAUUUCACCGCUUAUUUAAGAACAUCUUGGUUUCUGGAGAAUAUGAAUAAAGAUGCUAUAAACAUUCAUAUGGUGGUUUAUUGCAGACAUAUUUUAAAAUCAGUUGGGUAAAUACAUAGGAACAUGGUUGCUGGAUUGCAUGGUUAAAUGAUAUUUAGCUUUGUAAGAAUCUGCCAAACUGUCUUCCAAAGUGACUGAAUCAUUUUUUUAUUCACCAACAAUGAAUGAGAGUUCCUGUUGCCACACAUCCUUGCUAGCAUUUCGUAUUAUCAAUUUUUUGGACUUCAGCGGUUCUAAUGGGAGUGUAGUGGUAUCUCACUGUUGUUUUAAUUUGUAUUUCGUUAAUGAUAAAUGACAUUGAAUAUUUUUCCAUUUUUUUUGACCUCUGUAUACCUUUUUUGGUGGGUGUUUUCAGAUCUUUUGCUCACUUUUAACUGAGUUGCUUUUCUUUUUUCUUUAAUUGUUGAGUUUCAAGAGUUCUUCGUAUAUUUUGGGUGUAAGUCCUUGUAAAAAUGUUUUGCGAAUAUUUUCUCCCAGUAAGUGACUUGUUUCUUUAUUAUCUUAACAGUGUCUUUUGCAUGGCAGAAGUUUAAAUUGUUUUUUUUCUUUUAUGAAUUGUGAUUUAAGUGUUGUAUCUAAAGUCUCAUUGCCAAACCCAAGGUCACCUAGAUUUUUUCCUGUAUUUUCUUCAAGGCUGCUUAUUUGUGUCAAAUGGAUUUAGAUCAGCCAGGAAAGAGUAGGGUAUCCCAUUCUUAUUGAUAUGAUUUUAAAGAGCAUAUUUUCUGACAGUCUAUGAUUUUAAAAAACAAGUUUUCUCAGUAAAAGUGCAGCUAUGAAAGACGUUGUUCUGACUCAACAGCGGCAGCCUGACCUUGGGAGAAAAGUUGUUUCCUGUUAACUUCCCAGCUGGUUUUAUCUGUGACUGUUUUUUGUGUGUCUGUCUUAAUUUGCACAAUGAAUGGACAGUCUAAUGUUUUACUUUUUCAGAGGGAGCAGAUAUUUUGCUUCCUUACCACACAAGCUCACCACACAAUGCAGGGUUCUUAGCCUGCAUCGACUUGAUCAUAACUCAGGAAAAGACAGAUAUUGGUCAAUAUUUCCUUCCAAAAGUGGAGAUGAUAAAGUAGAAGUAUAGAAAUCCUAAAGUCCAGACCUUCCUUGUUCAGCCAGGUUUUGCUCCUUCUCCACACACCUUUGUUCUUUUCUCCAACUUCCAAGGAAUCUCACAAAGGAAGUGGGAAACAAUGAACCUAUUACUUCUUUCCUGCUUUAAAUCCAAUUCCACGUAGUCACGGAGACUGUUGGGCAGGAUCUCUGGCUUGGUGGAAAGUGGGGCGUGCUGCCUAAAGUGAUAGUUUGGAGGCCUUCUCUGUGCCGUCGCUAUGGGAAUGCCAGCUAUAUGUUGGCUGGGUGCGGGGCCCAGUCGCCAGGCCACACUGCACGCCUCCACAUCCUCAGAGAGCCCGGGACUUGGGUCCUGGCCCCGCCCCCUGCGGACCCGGCACUCUGUCAGUUCCGUCCCCGGUCCUGGGAACCGCUCUUUACCCCACUCUGCGUGUCUGCCGGAACCUGGCUGGGCAGCGCUACUUGCUGCCCUGCCAGGCCGGGUGAGGGCGGAGCCAGGCCUCCAGCCGCGAGGACUGGAGUCGCGGGAGGUGGAGCCCCAGUCCGGAAGCCGGGGAUCCGCGGCCAUGACGGUGCCGGUCCGCGGCUUCUCGCUGCUCCGCGGCCGCCUUGGCCGAGCGCCGGCGUUGGGCAGAAGCACAGCACCCUCCGUAAGGGCACCGGGAGAGCCCGGGAGUGCGUUCCGGGGCUUUCGGAGCAGCGGUGUGAGACAUGAAGCCAUUAUUAUAUCAGGAACCGAAAUCGCCAAGCAUAUCCAGAAAGAAAUACAGCGAGAUGUGGAAUCAUGGGUUUCCCUUGGAAACAGAAGACCUCACCUCAGUAUAAUUUUAGUGGGAGAUAACCCAGCAAGCCAUACAUAUGUCAGGAAUAAGAUAAGAGCUGCCUCUGCUGUAGGUAUUUGUAGUGAGCUCAUUCUAAAACCUAAGGAUGUUUCUCAGGAAGAACUUUUGGACAUAACUGAUCAAUUGAAUAUGGACCCAAGAGUCAGUGGUAUAUUAGUUCAGUUACCACUACCAGACCACGUUGAUGAGCGAACAAUAUGCAAUGGAAUUGCCCCAGAAAAAGAUGUAGAUGGAUUUCAUAUUAUCAAUAUUGGAAGAUUGUGCCUUGAUCAGCAUUCUCUCAUACCUGCCACUGCCAGUGCUGUUUGGGAAAUAAUAAAAAGAACAGGAAUUCAAACAUUUGGAAAAAAUGUGGUUGUGGCUGGAAGAUCCAAGAACGUAGGGAUGCCUAUUGCCAUGCUUUUACACACUGAUGGAGAGCAUGAACGGCCAGGAGGUGAUGCAACUGUGACAAUAGCUCACAGAUACACCCCCAAAGAGCAACUGAAGAUUCAUACGCAGCUGGCAGAUAUUAUCAUAGUUGCUGCAGGGUAAGUUAACAAGAAAGACAUUUUAGAACAUAGAAAAGGCUGGAAUAUGGGGCUUGUGUAUGGAUAAUUCACUUACAGAUAUUUGAGAGUUUAUCAUUUACUCUGAUUUUAAUUAAACGUGUACUUUUGAAUAGCAAAGAUAGUACUAAAUUCAUUCAAUUGAAUACUAAAUUCAUUCAAUUGAAUAUUAUUUAUUCAAUAAAUAUUGGACCCUUCCUAUGCAGCAGUAUCUGUUUUAAAUUUUAGGAAUACAGCAAUGGAUACAAAUGAUGAAAUGCCAGCCCUCGUAGAACUUACAUCUUAGUGGGAGAGAGAGCAAAUAAACAGUAAAAUAUAAUGCCAGAUAAUGAUAAGUGCUAUAAUGAAACUGGAUGAAGGAAUAGUGUUUUGGGGAUACUGUUUUAGAUUGAUUGAUUGGUGAAGAUCUUUCUUGGGAGGUGACCUUUUGAGUAGAGUUCUUGUCCUGGCCAUUCUCCAUUUGUCCACCAGCCCCAGUGUCUGCCCUUCCCUGCCCUGGUCUGGCCCUGAGAGGCUGACUAAUGAAGAUGGCCUCACCUGUGUUCCUCUAACACUGGCUCCCAGCAAGGUUUGGCACUAGUAGGAUAUCUGAAGGAGAAGAAGAGAAAUGUCAAGUCAUGGUGUUUCUUCUCUACUCUUUUCCACUUCUACUGUCUUUCUCUUCCUCCUGCAUCGAUAGCUUUUGCUCAGCAUCCUUUCCCCGACAGCUAAGGCUCUCACUGGGCUGCAGUAACACCAUUUCCUCACCCCUACAGACCUAGGAAUGGUACAAGCUUCCUCCAGUUUCUAAUCUCUAAGAGCUGCAACAGCUUUUGUUUUUAUCUUAGCCUGAAUAUAUCACUGUAAAAAUUAUUUCAUUACUAUAUGGGGUGGAUUCUGCUUCCCAUGGAGAUACCGACAGAAGCAGAUAUGUAUGAAGUAAAGGCACAAACCAUUCCUGGGGGAAGAGCAUCCCGAGCAGAGGAAACAGCAGAUACCAAAGUCCUUAGGCAGGAGCAUGCUUGAUGUAUUCCAGAACACAGGUCUUUGACGGCUUAUUAUAUUACUCUGAUUUUAAUAAAAUAUUAAUAAAUUAUGAGGAUACUAGUAAGAAAUGUUGUUGGGAAGGUAGCCAGGGUUAACUCAUGAAGGACAUUGUCGGCCAUGGUUAGGAUUUUGAUAUAAGCCAAGAAUGGCUGACAGCAGAUCAACAUGGUCUGACUUAGGUUUUAAAGGACUGAUCACACCUUUAAAAACAUAUCAGACCUCAUGUCUGCAGUUGUGUCAAGAACUGACUUUAGAGGUGUAAAAGUAGAAACAGAGAGGAGAGGUAUUGCAAUUUCAUUUAAUGGGUCUAGAUUUUGCUCUAAUUUGUUUUGUAUUUGAACACAUAGUUUCAAUCAAAUUUAAUAAAAUAUCUGAUUCUUCUAUAGGCCUUUUUCUGGAACCUAGAAUAUAUACAUGACUGCAGGAACAGUAGUUGGCUCCUCAUAGAGUAAAAAUAGAAAUGUUCUUUUUCCCAGAAAAAAAAUCAGUAAGCUGGUACAGAUAACCAUACCACAUUGCCUGUUUUUCCAAAAAAUUACAUUUGGGUGAUAUCAAAUGCAAAUUUUUGAACUGCAUUGACAGAAGUCAGGCAUGUUUAGAGAGUUAGUAAACUUUUUCAUACCACAGAUCAGCAUUAAGUGAAAUACUGCUUCAGCCACUGAUACCUUCAUGGCAGAUAAGUAUUAUACUGACUUCUUUUUAGAGACACUUCUGUUCACACACAAGACACAGAAUUUGUUGAGUAAAGAGGAAUUUGAAUGCUCAUCUUUGUCCAUUUCUAACCUUAGGCAGAAUGAAGUUUACAUUAUCCUUAAAAGGUAUUAUUUGACUAAUGUUAACAGCUUGUACAGAAUAUUUGACUAUUGUCCUUAGAUAACAUUUAUCAAAUAUUAUAUUGAAUGAGUAUUUUAUUCUAGUGGAGGAAAAUCUCUCAUCAUGCCUUCCUACUCGUGGUUUGUUUUAUUAUUAUGACAAAUGGCACAUGGGUGAUCACAAUCCACUUGCAAGAAACACUGAUAUUCUCUUGUAACUAAGUCAAAGCUUAUGCCAUAAUGCCAACACUGUUGUCCUCCUUGAGUUUAUCCUCUCUAGCUUUCUUUGUAAAGGCCUAAAUCAGCCUUGAGUACAGAUAUUUAAAAAGAAGACAGGAAAAGAAAAAGAAAAGGAAAAUAAAGGAAGAGAAGGACAAGGAAAACUCAAGCCUAUAUAAAAUAAACAAGACAGGAGCCAGGAGGUACUCAAGCUUUAGGUGUGGUGGGUGUUGAGGCUGUCCCACAAGCAUCCCGCUGAGGGUAUUUUCUUACCACCAGAGGGCGCCAGUCAGGUGAGCAGCUACUUCAGAUGUAGCCAAGUUGGCCAUACACCAUGCUAAUACUAGUUAGAAGACAUUUUAAACAAAGACAGUGGGAAGAAGUCCUGUUCCUUGCUUUUUUAUUUCACCUUUAAUGCCUCUUACUAAAUACAAAAGUAUGUUGAACGUAGAAGACAGAUUUGUAUGUAGUUCUGCAGUCUUCUUGAAGAAAUAAAUAUUUAGCCAAUGGGAAAUUUAGGGGAAGAAAACUGAGAAUUUAUAAGAAAUAACUAAAGAUUGCUACAUUUCCAGUUAAUUAAUAAUCACCUGGAGAAGUUAGGGAUAAAACAUGUAGGCAUUUAUAAAUUAUAGAAAAAAUGUGAGUGAAUAUAAAAAAUAAAUCCCAUAUAACCAGACAAUAGGAAUAAAGUAUUGCCAGAAUGACCAUAUCAUGCAUUGUGUGUGGGAAAUAAACAAAUACAAAUAGCAGUGGGUAUUUAAAAAGGAAAUAGUGAUCUAAUGGCAGAGGUAGCCAGAACGGGGAGGGCUAGAUCACUGUCAUAAUGAGAAUGUCAGCAUAUAUGGAAACAACCUCAUCUAGGAGAACUCAGGGUAGAAGGAGGAGGAUUGCGUGAUAUAUAUCAGAAAGAAUGAUAAUGUCUGAGAGAUGAGAGUGAAGAAUGUGGUGAUGAAAUCUUGACACAAGCUUGAAGAAAGUAAAAGAGGAAAUCCUGUGUGAAGAUCCUGAGACAUGAAUAUUAGCUUAUUUAAUAUUAAUGUCAUCCCUCCAGUUUCUCAUAGUACUACUCCUACUGGCUUAUAUAUCACUCACCUUUUUAAAAUUGCCCCCAAAAUUGAGAUUUAGACUCAGUUAGAAGCUUAGAUCUGCAGAAUCAGACCCUGUCACACUAUGCAAUUAGAAGUAAGUAGCUUCAAGUCCCUACUCAAAGCCAAAUCUCUGAGUUCACAGAAAGAGUUAACAAGUUUCUAGAGUACUUUAAUGUACCAUGGUUAUAGCACAUAGUACCUGUUUAUAGUUGUUAUCUUCAUUAGACUACAGCAGGUAAAGGCGUGGUAUUUUUUUUUAAGCUUGCUAGGUAAGUGCUUAGAACAAUAUCUAACACAUAGUGGUUGCCCAGUAAAUGUGAGCUGUGUUGAUUUUGAGAUUAUAACUACAAUAAGAACUUUUUCAAAUUGAUACAUAUUUAGCCGAUAUAAUCUAAUUUUUUAAGAUGGAAUUAUUCUAGUUGUUGGAUUUACACAGUGUAGCAUUAUUUUUGGGAACUACCAAAUUAUUCCAGUUUGUCAUCAUAAAGUAGUUGCUAAAGCAAUAAAAAGUGAAAUAUUUAUUCAUGAAAGAGUAGUUCAUGUCAUUAAGUGUAUGAAUGGAGUGAUUUAGGUGUAAAUGUUAAGAUUAAGAAAUGAUGGGAAAGGUGGCCGGGUGCAGUGGCUUACAUCUGUAAUCCUAGCACUUUGGGAGGCUCAGGUGGGUGGAUCACCUGUGGUCAGGAGUUUGAGACCAGCCUGUCCAACAUGGUGAAACCCUGUCUCUACUAAAAAUACAAAAAUUAGCCAGGUGUGGUGGUGGGUGCCUGUAAUCCCAGCUACUCAAGAGGCUGAGGCAGGAGAAUCACUUGAACCCGGGAGGCGGAGGUUGCAGUGAGCCGAGAUCACACCACUGCACUCCAGCCUGGGCAACAGAGCAAGACUCUGUCUCAGAAAAAAAAAAAAGAAAAAAGAAAAAAAGAAAUUAUGGGAAAGGUGAAGAAAGAGUAAGGAGACUAUUACAUCUAAAGAACAGUAAGAGUAUUGGAUGGUUGAAAGGGGAGGAGCAGUUUAGGGAAAGGCUAAAUCAGCUUUGCACAAGCUACUGAUAAAGAAGGGAAAGCUAGCCAGUAUCAAUUCUAAGAUCAUGUUGGAGAUCAUUGGGCUUUCUCGUAUCUGCUUUAAGGAAACUGUAGGCUAUCCUAAGUCUGUAAAAUUCUAGGAAUCUUCAUUAUUCAGCAGGAUAGGCAAGUUUUUUUAGACAUUGUCCACAUUACCCUCCACCCAUCCGAGUAAACUCUGAAACUAUAUUCAGGAAAUGAGCUGCUGAGUCAAUGCCACUUGCAUGUCAAGCUCUGGAUGCAGUGUCACGGUGGUGAAAGCUGGCAUUUUUGGCCACUAAGCCAUCCCUUCCAGCGUGACGAAUGAACCUUCACAGUUGUAACUUUAGAGUGUCUAUUGCAACACUUUUAAUGACAGAUACCAUGAUAUAAAACAGGAUAAAUGGGCAAUUUAGUAACUCAGAAUAUUCGUACUUACUUGUCAUAAAGUACAAAGUGACCAACGAAUUUCCUUUCACCACUUCUCCAAUCAUAUUAUCAAGUCUUAGAAACACUCCCAUCAAACAUUAUCCUAGGGCUCAAUAGGGUUUUCCCCCAGGUGUAUUUCCUCCUCCUUGAAACAGGGUUCGUAAUUUUCAGGAAACCAGGACAUGGAGAAGUUCCAAGGGGUGGGGCAAGGAAAUAGCUCCACCAUCCCCACAGCUCAUGCAACCCGGGAGUACAACUUGCUCACUUACAGCCCUGAGUGCUUCCUGAGUGAUGCCAGCACAUUUCAUGGCUUCACUCAUACUAUAGUCCUUUCCAUAUCUCAUUUCUUAUUUGUUAUUGUCCAGCUUGUCCUCUUUUGCUAGCCUCUGCUACUCCACUUAAGGGUUCCUUCCCUCCUUCCUAAAAGUUGUCAUUAUUUUCAUGGUACAGAGUAGUGAAAAUGCACAGGCCUUUCUAAAGUAAGAAUUCCAGGAUUUAAAUUCCAGCUCUGAGACUUGCUGAUUGUGAGCUUGGUCUCGUUUCUGAAUCUCAAUCUGUUCAUUGAUGUGAUUUAAAUGAUAAUAAUAAAAGUAACCUUUCAUAGCGAUGUCUACUUUAUAUUUUUGAUCUUAACUAUGCGGAUCUAAGUAGAAUUUCCCAUAUCUAAAAUGAUGCCUUUUACUUAUUGAAAGGCAUUUUAGUGUGGUUUAUGUGUCAUACCAAAUAAAGAAUAUUUAACACUUCUCAAAAAAAAAACCUUUUGCAUAGUGUAAUCAAGGUAGCCAAUCCAUGUAAAGAGCAUAGCACAGUGCCCAGUAUAUUGCAAAUAUUCAAUAAGUGUUAUGUGUUGUGUUCUAUGUUAGGCAUUGCGUGUGAAUAUUUAAACAAUUUAGAAAUGAUAAAUCAGUUGAUUAUUAAGCUACAACUUAGCAUAACUAAAAGAAUAUACUUCUUGGUUGCUUUUGAUACUAAUACAGUAUCAGAGUAGAGUAGUUCUUAUAAGCAUAAAUAAAUUAAGAAGUGACUUACACAUGAGGGACCAACUUUAUGGAAACUUUAUUUUUAUACUUAAGAUGUAUGCCUUCUCAGGAUGACAUCAGCACUUGUUCAUAGUUGUGUAUUAUGUUGUUCCCUGGAUGAAUUCCUUAUUGCCUCUCCCUCCUUUGGAACAACCUGACUUUGAGAGGGGAGAUAGGGAAGGCCGAGGCACUUAGAUGAAAGGGAUUUUUUUCUCUCAGGCCUUUAUCCACCAUCCCAGUCUCCCUCUCUCUCUCUGUUUCUACCUCAUCUUCCCACCUCAGGCUAUUCUGGCCCUCACAACCCAUGCCCAAAGCCUAAGUUACUAAGUAAGCAAAGCUUCCCUGGCCUGCAGUGAGCUUUGUCAAUACCUGAGAGGGCAGCCUGACUACUGAUAUUUUUCUUGGUGUCAGUAAUACAUCCUUACUGCAAAAACUUAGAAAACUUGGACAAUAGAGAGGGAGGGAAAGAACCUUAAUCCCAACCAAAGUGAAAUAAGGUAAACAAUUUGAUGUUUGACCUUGUACUGUUUUAUAUUUAUACAUAGAUCUAAAUAUUUAAACAGUUCUUUUGCCUUGUAUCUACUAUUUGUAUUUAGCAGCUCUACACCAUGUACGUGUUUCUUUAUAAAAUGCUUUCUUCCAAAACAGACUUCUAAUGACUCUAUAGUAUUGAGUGCUAUGGAUAUACUAAAUUUUAUUUAUUCAGUUCUUGACUAUUGGACAUUUAGAUUGUUCCCUGAGUUUUACUGUUAUGAAUAAUGCAGCAAACAGCUGUAAACAUCUUAGAUUAUUUGCACAAGUAACCUAUAAUAUUUAUCAUAUUGGUCUUAAGUUUAUUUUCUUAGUAAUUAUUACUUAUAUUCUAAAAACAAAUGAACAUUUAAGCUUGGUGUAUAAUAAAGGCUUACACAUGUGUUUAAUAUUAAAGCAUAUUUCAUACCUUACCUGUGCAUUUAUGUAAAGUUUUAACAGAGAGAGGAGAUAGCUGUGUCUCAUUUGUAACCCAUUCUCCAGGCCUGUUAUCAUUACCAAUCAGUAUACUAUGAAGCUUUAGAUCCUUAUCUUUCCACAAGAGAAGAUAGAAGCCUAGUGUGUGGGGAAAGGGACUCAAAUAUGAAGUAGGGUGUAGUAUCAAAAGAAACGUGGUCUUUAAAGUAAGGAGGGUUUGGUUUUAAAUUCAAUUUUAACUUUAAAAAUCACAUCUAACUCUCUGGGCUUUAUUUUCAGCUAUCGCAAAAUGGAGGUAGUAAUACUAGUGUUUAUAAACUGUCAUGAGAAUUACAUGCUUAGCACAUAAUGGCUACUAAGUGAAGGUAGUUUCCCUUCCCUUCAUUCUCCUAUUGUGUGGUGAGCCUAUCACUAAAAUUACAACAUGUUUUAAAUGAAAAUAUAUGAAAAUUUAUUAUCUAUUAUGAAAAGACUUUAACUUUCUGAUACUUUGGUAAUAUAGACUGUACAAAAACAUGUACAAACUUUUAUAUGUUUCCUUGCUCGUUAGCCUCAAAUAAGCAAAAACAUUUUUCCAAGAUUGAUCACCUCAGAACCAUCACAAAGUUUUAUUUUAUUUUUUCUUCAUUUGACUGAGACCCUUGUGUUUUUCUCCUCAACUUGUUCUAAUUACAGGGACUUUUGAAAAGGGGGAAUCUUUUCAUGUCUAGGUGUUUUCAAUCUAUGGUAUUCGUACAUGGUUAGCUGAGGUUGAUUUUUUUUCUUUUGAGGCUCUUCUCUCAACACAUAUAUAUGUACUACUUCUGAUUUUUCAUGAGUAAAACAAGCAUUGAUAGCAAUAUCCAAAAAAACUUCAGUAAAGAACAAUUUAUAUCAAAGAUCUUUCUUCACUGUGGAGAAUCACAGACUUCCUUGGAAAUAUACUUUAGAUGGUCAAAUGAUACAUCAUUUAAACUUAAUUCUAUUUGGGUCCAUGCAAUGUAUAUCAUGGGCUUGGGAAGAAGUGAGGUUCUUCCUUUCAAGUUAUGUCUGUAGCCUUUGAUAUUAUCACUUUGUUAUAUUUCUAUGUCCAGGUCUUUAAAAGGUUUAUGUUAGGAAAUACUUAAAUAUACCCAAAAGUGUAUAAGAAUAAUGUUAAUUAAAACAUUAAUACUUAUGUUAUCAAUACCUAAAUUUGACAGAUGUGAAUAUUAUGUAUAUUUUCAAUCUACCUGUUUUAUAUUUCUAUAACUUGCUUUGUUUUGACUAAUGCUAUGACUUUCAAGUUUGCCCAUGCUAAUAGAUGUAGCACUAUUUCUAUAAUACUCAAUUGCUGAGUAUCCAUUUUCUGCUGAUGAAUAUGUAUGCUAUUUCCAAUUUAUUGCUAUUAUGAACAGUUCUGUAAUGUUUAAGUUUAUACAUAUUUUCUUGGAGACUCAUUCAUUCAUCCAUCCAGCAAAUACUAAUUUUGCCACUGGUACAUAUUAAGCCAUAUAGCAGGCAAUAGAAAAAUAUAUAUAUAUAAACUUGGUUCAGCUCUUGAGAAGUCCAGACACUAGUGGAGGAGAAAGAUGUGCAAACAAAUUAGUGUAAUACAGCUUGCUAGUGCAAUAUUAGAUACAUGUGUGUAUGUAUAUGUACAUGUCUAUCUGUUUAGAAAAGGAGACAGUGUGUGUGCGUGUGUGUUUAUGUGUGUAAGAGACACAGAUAGAUUGAAAAAUAAAAACAGAGAGAGAGAGCAUCAUUGGAGAGGAAGUAAUAGCUCUUUUCCUCUGACUCUGAAAAGUAAAUGAAUGAGUCGGGUUUCAUCCCACAGAAUGAACAGAAAUUCACUAGGCAGAAUAAAAGGCAAUGAGACUUCUGGCAGCUUAGAGCUAUAAAAUGCUAUGCAUAUAGCAAAGAAAAUAUUUACUCUUUCAAAAUGACAGGUGCCUGUCUGUGAGUUGUGAAAGAUGAAGCAUAACAUUUAGGAAAAACCAGAUAUCAUAAUAAAUUAAGAAAUUUUAAUUUUAUCCUGUAGGUCAUAGGCAACCUUUAAAUAAUUAGAAGCACUGAAAUAACAUCAUAUUUGAAUUUUAGAAAGAUCACUUGGAUACCCCUGUGCAGGGAUAAAACUGGAAGUAGCAUUGAUGUAGUUCUACACUAAUACAGAAGUAGAUGAAAGUGAGAAGGAAAAACAGGAAGUAGACUAGAAAGGCUUACUGGCUUUAGAGACUAAGUAUAUGGUGUUGCCAUUAACAAGGAAGGUAUAUAGAAAGGAAGCAAAGUUUGGGAGAAGUAAAGAUGAGUGAGUGGGAGGAGAUAAUUAAUUCAAUGUGAAUGUGUUGAGUUGAUGACACUAGGUGUUAUAUUCAGGUGGAAAAGUCCAGGAGAGGGUUGAGAUAUGUGGGUGUGGGGUUUGGGAGAGAGCUCUGUUCUGGAGUGAUAAUUUUGGAAGUCAUUAAUAUCAGGGAUAUUGGACACGAAGGCAUGGAUAAAACCAUCUAGAAUAAGUCUGUUUAUAGUGCAUGGACUGAAUUUCUAUUUCACACAUAUUUGAGGUGUGUUGGUUGAUAUGGUUACUUCUAUAACAUUGCCUUCUUGCUUCUGUAUACCUAGUGCCAAUGAAAGAUAGCCUAUUCUUAUUCCAGCAUCUACUUCAAUUGAUUGUAUAAGAAAAAAACUGGUAUUUUUAUGAAGCUUUGUUGUUUCAUACCUGUUGUUCUUUUGUAACCCCGACCUUUAUCAGCUUGAAAGCAUUGUUUGAGUAACAUGAGAGAAUGUAUUUGAUAAACCAAAAUGUGCCAUAUAGUGGAGACAAAAUUGUGUCCUAAAAAUAAAAUGAUGGACUUUACUUCAUAAAUGUUUAAUUUUUUACAUGUAAAAGAUUAAAUUUAAACUUCUUUAAUGUAAUGUAAACUUCUUUAAUAAAUGUUUCCAGCAGGCAGAAUUUUUUGUUUUUGCUUGCAUUUGUAGUCUUUGCAUACUGGAUUUAUUGUGACCAUCUAAUGCUCAGUUAAUUUCUAUUAUCUGACUUGUCCAGGUUACCAACUUGACCUGAUUUUUACAGUUUUAUUGCUCACAGCCUAUUAUAUCUUCACAGCACUUUUUUCUGUGACCAACAGCCUGGUUUUAGUAACUCUGGAUUUCCCAUGUCCAUUAUUUGAUUAUGUUAAUGCUUUCUAAAACACAAAUAAAUUGUUUUCUCAGUUCCUUAUGGCUUGAUUAUUUGAUUUCUAAACCAGGUUGCCUAAAUUUUGCUUGAAACAUCUAUUGACUUAUUCACUGUUAUUGCUUAAAAACUAGGACCUGAAACGAAAGUUCUACAUGCAAUGGAUGCGCUUGCUAGUUUUUUCUAGCCAUCCAGUGUAUUCUCUAUGGUCUCACCUUGUCCUUUAUUCCUUCACACUUGUGGUAUCCAUUCAACUUCCCUGGGGCUCAGGUCAAGGCAACUUAUGACACGCCAGGGUCUACAUUGCUAGUAUGGAUUGAAAGCUUUCUGUCUCUAGCUCAGUCAUGCCAGUAAAUGAUUAUCUCUGCAUGAAAAACAGGAUAGGCUUCACAUAUCUAAUAGAGAGUGGUGCGUAACGCACAUAUAUUUUUCCUAAUGUGUCAGUAGAUGAUUAAAAAUCAUACUUUAACUUUUAUGUGCCUUUUUGGAUAUGACCCAUGAAUAUUAUCACUCACUUCAUCAAGAGACUCCAAUAAAUGCUAUCUGAACUUACACUGAGGAGGAGGUAUAAGGCAUUUUUCCCCACUAUACUUUCAGUGGAUUUAUCUCUUUUUAGGUUUUUUUUUUAAUAAACCUUACUUUUAUGGGAUUAUAUGAAGUUGUACUUUAUAGUUGUAAAAAAGUCGUUUAAUAACACCCAUAUCAGGCAUAAAAUAUGCCUUUACAUUUUGUAAAAUUUAAAUAUGUUGUGGUAACAUGGGUUGACAAGGGUGCUUUCGUAUAAAGGAUAAAAGUCCUCUCUCAAUCAUAUUGUGAAGUAUAACAAAACAAUAAAGAGGAGAAGGAGAAAGGAAAUACAAAGAAAGGAUCUACAUGACAUGUGAUGAGUAGGGAAUAGUAAGAAUUAUAGUGGGACAGCACUGGAGUGAAAUCCACUGUUCUGUGACCUCCAGCAGCCAGGACCAUGUCUUAUUUAUAUUUGUGUUUCUUGUACCUGGUGAAGAACCUUGCUUUUAGGACUAGAAAACUCCCUGUUCAAUGAAUGAAUUCCUUUCUUUAGAAGUCAAGUGCUUAACCGGUUAGGCACGGUGGCUCAAGCCUAUAAUCCCAACACUUUGGGAGGCCAAGGUGGGCAGAUCAUUUGAGGUCAGGAGUUCAAGACCAGCCUGACCAACAUGGUAAAACCCAGUCUUCACUAAAAAUACAAAAAUUAGCUGGGCGUGGUGGUGCACACCUGUAAUCUCAGCUACUUUAGAGGCUGUGGCAGUGAGCUGAGAUCGCGUCACUGCACUCCUGCCUGGGUGACAGAGACAGACUCUGUCUGAAAAAAAAGAAGAAGUCAAGUGCUUAUCUUGGUCUUGGUUUAAACUUUUUUCCUAGAAGGUAAGGAAGCUCUUCAUAGGGGAAGAUGAUCCUUUCAGGACUCAUUCAGCCUUAGAUUCUCUUUCAUACCUUGUUUGGGACUGUUCCACUUCAUGAAAGCUUAAUAUGGCAUUGCAUCAGCACCACUGACUCAGAGCUUGCACCUGCAGAGUUCAAUAAAAGGUAGGGGAGAGGCAAAGAAUUAACUGAGAAAUUACUGUCUUCAGUGAAAAAACUAGAAAAUACCAUUGCUUUACUUUCUACUGUGGGUAGGAAUAUAAGCCUUUCUGUAGGUGAAGUCAUCAUUCCAAUGGUGUAUUCAGAGCAUGGUGUUACUGAAUGUCUGUUGCAGACAAUGUGUUGACUAUCAGAAAGUGAAACAAUUUUAUUAGAUCUAUAGUCAUUAUUAAUUGUGUCAUUUUAAUAGCAUCAGCAUAUCUAAUUAAUACCUAGGAAAAUUGAUAUUUAAAAAAUGUAGUGAUCAAAAUGUUACAUGUCAGUGCUUAUGUAAUAAUCCAUACAGAGGUGGUGUUUGAAAUGUACUAUGGAGACUCUGACGGAGCACCUGGCUACCUGCUUUAGGUGUGGCUUUGGUUCUGAAGUAGAGCAGUUCUGAGAAGGAAGGAAUGUGUAUUGGUAUAUAUCUGUGGUGCGUUCUAAGGCAACUUUCUAUGAAAGUCCUUUCUUUUUACUCAUUUAUGUAGUUAAAGACAUAAAUGUUAGACUGAAACCAUAAAAACCCUAGAAGAAAACCUAGGCAAUACCAUUCAGGACAUAGGCAUGGGCAAGGACUUCAUGACUAAAACAUCAAAAGCAAUGGCAACAAAAGCCAAAAGAGACAAAUGGGAUCUAAUUAAAGAGCUUCUGCACAGCGAAAGACACUGUCAUCAGAAUGAACAGGCAACCUACAGAAUGGGAGAAAAUUUUUGCAAUCUACCCAUCUGACAAAGGGCUAAUAUCCAGAAUCUACAAGAAACUUAAACAAAGUUACAAGAAAAAAACAACCCCAUCAAAAAGUGGGCAAAGGAUAUGAACAGACACUUCUCAAAAGAAGACAUUUAUGCAGCCAACAAACACAAGAAAAAAUGCUCAUCGUCACUGGUCAUCAGAGAAGUGCAAAUCAAAACCACAAUGAGAUACCAUCUCACGCCAGUUAGAAUGGCGAUCGUUAAAAAGUCAGGAAACAACAGAUGCUGGAGAGGAUGUGGAGAAAUAGGAACACGUUUACAUUGUUGGUGGGAGUGUAAACUAGUUCAACCAUUGUGGAAGACAGUAUGGUGGUUCCUCAAGGAUCUAGAACUAGAAAUACCAUUUGACCCAGCGAUCCCAUUACUGGGUAUAUACCCAAAGGCUUAUAAAUCAUGCUACUAUAAAGACACACGCACAUGUAUGUUCAUUGUGGCAGUAUUCACAAUAGCAAAAACUUGGAACCAACCCCAAUGUCCAUCAGUGAUAGACUGGAUUAAGAAAAUGUGGCACAUAUACACCAUGGAAUACUAUGCAGCCAUAGAAAAGGAUGAGUUCAUGUCCUUUGCAAGGACAUGGAUGCAGCUGGAAACCGUCAUUCUGAGCAAACUAUCACAAGGACAGAAAACCAAACACUGCAUGUUCUCACUCAUAGGUGGGAACUGAACAAUGAGAA